AUGAUAAUUAAUCAGUAUAUAGUAAAUCAUUAUUUUAAGAUUAUCCCGCAUAAUAUACUCUCUAAUAAUAUAAAAAAUAUUAGUUAUCAUAAAAAUAGAAAUAUCAUAUAUAUUACUAAAAAUAUAAAUUACAUUAGUUUGAAAAAAAAAAAGGAUUUUUUAUUUAUAAAUAAAAAUGUAAGGUAUAAUACUAAUAAUAAUAAUAAUACAAACUUUUUUAAAAAAGAGAAUUUAUCAAAAAUAGAAAACACACAAAAUGGGUUUACUAAAUCAAUUUAUAGAUGGAAAAUAAGAUUGUUUGAUGGUACAAAUAAAAAUAAAUUGAUUAAAAUAAAGAAUAUUUUUAAAGAAAAAUAUGAAAAAAAAAUGGGUAGUAACUUAGAUGGAAUUUCCUUAAAAGAUGUAUUUAAAAUAUUAAAAAAGGAAAGAAAAUAUUUAGCACUUGCAUUCGCAUGUUUAUUAAUAUCCUCUUUAGGUCAAAUGGUAUUCCCAAUGUGUAUAAGUAAAAUAAUAAAUUUAUAUGGUGGAAAAGAAGAAUCAUUAAAAUAUUUAAUGAAUGAAGUUUAUAAAACAAUACUUUUAAUCUUAGGUAUUUCGACAUUUAGUUUUUUCCGAAUAUACUUGAUUGAAACAUCUAUUGAAAAAAUAACUAGAAGAUUAAGAAAAAAUUUAUUUGAAAAAAUUAUAAAUCAAAAUCUUUCUUUUUUUGAUAAACAGAAAACAGGAGAAUUAAUAAAUAGAUUAUCAAAUGACAUUGAAAUAUCAUCAAAAAUUUUAAUUCAUUUAUCAUUUGGUAUAAGGAAUUUUAUAGCAGCUUUAAUUGGUGGUAUAUGUGCAUUACACAUUUCUCCAAGUAAGUUAUUUAAUUCUUUUUUAUUACCUGUUUCUGCUUGCUUAUUAAUAGGGACUUCAUAUGGUAAAUAUGUUAAGAGAAUUAGUAUAAAAAAACAAGAAAAAUUAAGUAAUUGCAUAGAUUUUGCCUCAGAAAAAAUAUAUAAUAUAGGUUAUGUGAGAUUAUUAAAUGGAGAAUCUUUUGAAAAAAAAGAAUUUACAAAAUAUUUAAAUGAGGUGUAUAAAAUUGGAAAAAAAUAUUCUUUAGUAAAAGCAGGAAAUCAUUUUUUAUUCUUUAGUAUAAUUUCUCUCUUUUUGUUGCAUUUAAUUUAUUAUGGGAAUUAUUUAAUAGUUAGUAAUUUGAUAAAUACGGGAGAUUUAUUUUCAUUGAUUAUGUAUUCUUUAUUCUGUGGUAGUGGGAUUCAAGGUAUUAUGCAUGCUAUCGGUGAUUUACAAAAAUGCAUUGGUUCAUGCUCAAAAGUAUUACAAAUCAUAAAUUUACCAGAUAGUGAAUUCAAUGAUUAUUGGCUUAAAAAUUCAAUUAAUUUUUUGAAAAGGAAUAAUUAUUCUAUAAAAUUUGAAAAUGUAUCCUUUUCAUAUGAUAAUAAUAAUAAUAAUGAGAUUGAAGAAAAAAAAAAUUAUGCUUUAAAAAAUGUCUCUUUUUAUUUGCCACAUAAUAAAUCAGUUGCAAUUGUAGGAAAAAGUGGUAGUGGAAAAACUACCAUUUUAAAUUUACUUUCAAAAAAAAAUAUUGUAAAUGAAGGCAAUAUAUAUUUCGGUGAUUUUAACAUUAAUAAAAUAAAUUCGUCUGCACUUCGAUCUAUAUUAAGUGUGAUUACUCAGGAUCCUUUCUUAUUUAAUAUAUCUGUAAAAUCGAACUUACUAUAUCCACAUAAAGCACAUCAUGAAAUGCUAAAAGAACAAGUUGAAUUAAUUAAAAAAAAAGAUAUAUUCAUAAAUGAAAAUUUGAAUGAACAAAAUAAUAAUUUACACGGUAUAACUAACGAUGUGAAAGAAAUAUAUGCAUAUUUAUUAAAAGAAAUACAGAAAACACAAGAAAAUAUAAAUAAUAUUACAACAGAUAAAUUAAGAAACAUAUAUAAAGAUUUACAUAUUCAUGAUUUUUUAAAUAAUUAUUCUAAUUAUGAUAACAUUAAUGUUGGAGUAAGCGGAUCAUUUUUAUCAGGUGGACAGAAGCAGAGAGUAUACAUAGCUCAAAACUUACUCAAAAAUAAUAAAAUAUUAAUUUUAGAUGAACCAACAUCUUCUUUAGAUAAGUUAUCAGAAAAUAUUAUAAAUGAAGCAUUAUAUAAAUAUAUGAAAGGAAAAACUACUAUUAUAUUUACACACAGAUUAGCCUUGUUAAAAUUUGUUGAUUAUAUUGGUGUAUUAAAUGAUGGAAUUAUGAUUCAAUUCGAUUUAAGGAAUAAAGUACUUCAGAAUCCAUGUGAUAUUUUAAAACAGAUACUAAAUCAAAAUAUAUAA